AUGAACCAUUCAUCGAAAAGUAUUCCGGUUCUACCAGCUUUAUCUACUCAAUCAACAGAUGAUUUUUUUCAAUCACUAGAAACAAUAACUGCAUAUAUCAAAGAAUUUUCGUUAAAAGCAUCACAACCUCCACAAUCACCUCCUACCGAAUAUAAUCUAUAUUAUUCCGAAAAUGAUUCUUCCUUUGAUUCUGAAUAUUAUUCCGAUCGCACUGAAGACGAAUAUGAUUCCGAUUACUUUUAUGGGGAGUUAGUGGCCCCUGAACAGCAAGUGCAACCAUCAUCAACAUCAUCACCAAUGAAGGAAGUUGAAAGUAUUGCGACAAUUUAUGAGGAAAGGACAUCAACGAAGAAAAUCGAUAAAAAACCCGAGGCGCAUGUUGGAAAGCUCAAUGAGGACUUUAAAAAGGUUGAAUUUUACGAUAUUCCUACAAGUAAGAAUCUAUAUAAUGAAGCAGCCUUGUUUGCAACCAAUUCAACGCUCGGCUUUGCUGGAACUUCCCGUUCAAACGAUUUGAUUUCUCCCCAGAAAUUUGAUGACUCUAUUUACGUUUUCAUUGAUAAUUCCAAUAUUCUAGUUGGAUUCAGUACAUAUUGUCAAUCUAGAUUGAGAAAUUGCAAUCCAAGGGUUAAAAAGAUACCCAUGUUAGAUUAUGGUGCUCUUUUCAAAAUCAUAGAAAAGGGAAGAAAUGUCAAACGUAAAUGUUUAGCAGCUUCUAAACCAUUGUCUCAACCACUCAAACAAGCGGAAAAAGCCGGUUAUGAAUGUUCAGUUUUACAACGUAUUAACCAAAGAGAACAAUGUGUCGAUGAAGUUCUCCAACUCAAGAUCUAUAAAAUUUUGCUAGAGACCCAAGUGCCAUCUACUUUGGUCCUCGCUAGUGGUGACGGAAAUGAUGCUGAAUAUAACGAAGGAGGCUUUUACAAAUGUAUAAAAAACGCUUUGGAACGUGGUUGGAAAGUCGAAAUUAUUAGUUGGAAACGUCAAUUGAAUAAAAACUUUACACAGCUUUCGAGACAAUGGAGAUCAUCCUGCCAAAUCAUCCAUUUGGAUACGUUUGCCUCAAAAUUGGGAUUUAAGAUGUGA